AUGUCGCGGACCCAGCAAGAUCAGUUCAUCGACGACGAUGAGGAAGAGACAUGUCCUCUCUGCGUCGAAGAGUUUGAUCUGUCAGAUCGAGGCUUUCGACCAUGCGUCUGUGGCUACCAGAUCUGCCAGUUCUGCUAUCACAAUGUGCGCAACAACAUGAACGGCCUCUGUCCUGCCUGUCGCCGUCCAUACGAUGAUGCCAACAUAGAGUUCCGCAAGCCUGGCCCGGAAGAGUACCCAUCCCUGUCCAGCUGCUCCUCAGACCCAUCGCUAACACCCAUCACAGGGAAGCCCUCUGGAGANGCCAAACAGGCCGCCAAGCAAAAGAAGCAGUCCGCUGCCGCCCAAAAGGAAGCCAUGAAGCGCGAGGCCGACACUCUUUCCCGCAAGCAUCUCGCUGGCCUGCGCGUCGUGCAAAAGAACCUGGUUUAUGUGACUGGUUUGAGCCCGAGAGUGCAAGAAGAUAGACUGCUCGAGACUCUUCGCGGCGAUCAGUACUUUGGUCAAUACGGCAAGAUUGUCAAGAUAGUCGUCAGCAAGGCAAAGGACAACAUCAANCCCCAGUCCGUCGGCGUCUACGUCACCUACGCCCGCAAGCAAGACGCCGCCUCUUGCAUUGCUGCCGUCGAUGGCUCCCAAAACGGCGAUCGAGUGCUGAGAGCCCAAUUUGGCACUACCAAAUACUGUUCGGCUUACCUGCGCAACGAACAAUGCACCAACCGCAACUGCAUGUUCCUGCACGAACCUGGCGAGGAAAAUGACAGCUUCACCCGCCAGGACUUGUCUUCGAUGAACGUCAUCUCGACCCAGCAUCCCCAAGCACCCUCGCAACCAGCAUCGCAGCCUCCGCCGCAAAGCCAACAGCCCGUUGCCGCCGCCCACACCCUCUCCAGGCAAGACUCGCAAUACAUUCCUCCAAGCCCGAGCCUUGAACAUGAUGGCCCUGCGCUGCCCUCAACUGCCAGCUGGGCCUCCAAAGCUCCUCAGAUGAGCCGCACAGCUAGUAGUCGCUCUGUCUCACUUGUCAUGCCUAAAGAACCAGCUAGGGAAAAGCCCAAGCCUGAGCCCCAAUCUCAGCCGGAACCCGAACGCGAACCCUCUCCUUCGCCAGAGCCCGAAGAGCCUGCAACCCCCAGCCCACCUCCGGCCCCUGUUGCACCUGUCAGAAAGAGGAAGCCGGCCGUCGAGGAUCCUCUCACGCACAUGUUCAAGGCUUUCCAGUCCUUCGACCUCAAAUUCGUUCUGUCCAGCAAGACACUGGAAGACAGCAACAUCGACUUUGACAACUUCCCCUCGCUAUUCGACCCACACGGCGGAGCCAAGAGACGGGCAAUGAGACAACGUGAAGAGGAGGAAGACGAGGAGCGUAGACGCCUGGAAGCCGAAGCUCAACUCGCUCAACAGACUGUGAACAGUGUCGAAGACGAGAGCGGCCCCGAGACUGGCGGUAGCAUGCAACUCGGAGGCGAGCCCGAAGACACCAUGGGCCGUGGUCAAUCUCCGCAGCACGCCAUCGAGCCUCCUUCGCGCACCAACUCGGUCAUCGACGGCGGGUUCCUCUCCAACGAGCUCUCCAACUUGAGCAUCACUGCUCCCAACUUGACCGCUCAACAACGCCAGCAGUUGCUCCUUCAACAGUUCAAGACCCCCUCGGCCGCAUCUACUCAGCCUCCCUUCCCACCACCACCACCUGCUGCCCCUACUGGCCAUGCACGUAAUGUUUCACGAUACACUUUCGCAAACGAUACCAACACGGCUUCGGCUGCCGUCAAGCCUGUAGCCAACGCCAAACUCAUGAACCAACAAUCCUCCAUGAUGCCUUCUCAGUCUUCCUUCCAACAACCUCCUCCCGGUGGAUUCUACAGCAAUGUCCAGGGACCCCCUCCUGGCCUCAAAACCACAGGCACUCCUCCAUUCAGUGGAGGCGGCAUGUUUGGUCAAGGCCAUGGAUUUGCGACUAGCGGCCUGGGUUAUGGCGCCAACCUGACCGGACGCAACCCUAACGACGAAAUGAUGAGAGAUUUAUUGCGCAACCGCAACCUCGGUGGCAGUGCCCAAAUGUCAGAUGCCGCAAAGCUCCCAGCCCCUGGUCUUCUGAAUCUUCCUUAUGGCACUCAGCCUCAAGCCUUCCAAGAUACUGUCCAGAAGCCCAANAAAGAAGGGCAAAAGCACAAACAUGCUAACACUUCCUCCUCUGGAGGCGGUGUAGUUGAUGUAGCAGACCCGAGCAUUCUUCAGGCAAGACUGCACCAAGCUGGCCAAAUCGGAAACCAGGGGCUCUUCACUGGUCAGGGACAAGGUGGGUUGCACAAUGUGUACGGCAGCGCCGACGCCGGUGCUUUCCGCAGAUGGGUGGAAAGCAAGCACAGCAUUGGCCUUCCCAAAAGAGAUCUUCAGAAUCUCGAGCCAUUGGCGUUUAGGGUUUUAUAUCAUGUCCGGCUGGCUCUUCUCGUCAGCUUUGGAGUUGUCAUCGAUGCAUUUGCCGCUGUGGCUAUGUGGACGGCAGGAGUUUUCACUUUUCCUUAUGCCUCUCACGUCUCUCCAACAUUAGCCACAUUCUUAACUGUGCUGACUGGAGGUAUAGAUAUUUCAGACAUUUCAUCUCUUGGUGGUGCAGCUCAUCUCUCAUCAGAUCUCUUCGACGAGCCCGGACGAUCCACACCGCCAGUUCCUCCAGGCCUGGAAGGUCUUGGUCAAUCAUUGCCGCCCCUUGAUCUCGACGACGAAGAUGAUGUGCCUAGACGCUCGACACCAUCAAUCCCUCCAGGUUUCACGGCUCCAGUGAUAGCUCCUCUGAGGGAUGAUUCGGCUGCUUCCCUUGCGACUUCGCGCUCUAGUUCGAGAGCAAGUCUCAGACGCGGAAACUCGCAAAUCCUACCUGCUGUCCCAGUACUGUCUGGCACACCAUCUCGAGCCCCCACGCCUUUGAGACAUGAGACUAGACCUUUCGCCAACGUCAUCGAUGACUUUGCUACGCCUACCAAGCGUGGAAGGUCCGAAUCACAUCUUGCUAACGUUGAAUUCGCCGAGAGCAAUGACACUGCUCCAAGCGCUGAGGUUGAAACUCCAUCAAGGGCAGAAACCAAGGCAGAAAAGGCCGAAGCAAAGAAGGCAAAGAGAGCCGACAAGGCGGCUAAGAAGGAAGCCGAGAGACUUGAAAAGGCAGAGAAGGCGGCUGCUGCUGCAUUUGCCGCAGCUGAAGCCACUGCUCAGAAGAAUGCUGCCGAGAAGCUCGAGAAGGCAGCAUUGCAGGCCAAGGCCUAUGAAACACUGCCGGAUCCGCCAGGUGCUUCCAAGGAAGAGAAGAGCAGGGCCGCAACCAACACAGUUGACCUUGUCAAGGAUUUGACGCCUGCCGAAGCUGCUGCCGCGGCCAAGUCGGCUGCUGGUGAGACCGUUAGUAAGAAGAAGCACCCUGGAAAGAUUGACAUCACAGCUGCCGUCCUCAAGGGUGGUGAAGUCCCUACUUCGCUCAACUUGACUCCGGUCAAGACUGAAAACGUUCCUCGCACAUGGAACACCAUCACUACAUCGCGUCCUCAGAGUCCUAGCAUAGCAUCAGACUCGGCCAGAAAGGUGACGGCUCCACGCACUUUGCGCCUCACCACAGCUCUGCCUCCACCUGCACCAGUGGUCGCUCCUGCAAUUCGCCCACUUCCCGCCGCAGCAUCCCGCAUGCCAUCAAGACAGCCUAGCAUUGCUUCCAUUCAACUUCCCGGCACUCCCAGCAGUGAGCACGUCUCUGACGACGUCUCGGUUACAUCUACCUCGCUCUCUCGCGCAAACACACCACCCCCGCCAUCUUCGAGCAGAGUCGGCUCGGCAUACGUUCGACAAAACACCAAGAGUCAGCAGAAGAAGUUGCGUCAAGAGAAGGCCAGACAGAUGACCGAAGAAAUUUUGUCCAAGGAUGUUCAGAUCAUCUCGGAGCCCAUUCAGGAGGCUAUCACCAGCCGCAAGAAGAAGUCCAAGACAGCCAAGCCCGCGACACCCGCUGCAUCUACGCCUGUUGCGUCCACACCCGUUCCCUCGCGUCCUGCCUCUCCUAAGAUGAAGGCUCAGCCCGUUGAGGAACCACCAAAGGUAGAGAAGCCCGCCACGCCCACGCCCACGCCCACGCCCACGCCCACGCCCACGCCCACGCCCACGCCCGUUAAGGUCGAGACUCCUCCCCCUCCUCCACCUGCUCCUGUCACUCCGGUCAAAGCCCCUACACCGCCACCACCAGCAGCGCUGACUCCUGCCUCUCUCAUUGCAGAACUGCGCAGCGAACAUGGCUCUAUAGCCGGCGCUUUCGACGCUUUCUUUCGCCCUUUCGCCCAGACCGUUGCCCAUUACAAGCCUACUCAGCAACCCACUGCCGCCGACCUGACUCCCGAAAACGCAAUCCCGCCUCACCAGCCUGAGCUCAAGAAGGAAGAUAUCGAUAUCCUGCUUUCUGGACAUGCCUGGCGUCCGGUAACCGACGAGCAACAGCGUCUGUGGGAUCGCUUGGUUAUCUCACCAAGUGGAACCAUCAUUCGUCACAUGGAGCCCCAACUUGAAGAACGCUUCUUGGCCAUGGAAGCCAUGAACCGCCGAAUGCCAGAGAACCUCAGGUUCCACCCCAUCCAGCACAGCAACACUCCCGCCGAGGUUGACUUUCCGGCCGUAGACUUGGCCGUUCUGCGUCGCGAGUUCGAGGGCGCAUCUAAUGGCAACCGCCACCGCAGUGCCAACGCCAUGGAGAAGGCUGUCGAGGAGGGCAGCAAGAAGGGCAGUUUCUUGGUUGACACUGCUGGCAAGUACGUCAACGAAUUCAUCAUGCCUCCUGUGCCUCUCAGCCCUCCCAACGAGAAGGCCGCCAAGGAAGAGCAGCAGAGAGAAAAGAACCACAUGGUCAGCGUCGAGGACUUGGAGCGCAAGCUUGCCGAGGCCAGACGUUUCGCUGAUGACAAGGAGGCUGGUCUGCGUCGCCUGGUCAAGAGAAACAGGAAGGUCAUUGGCCUGACUCACUGA